CGGAGCUGUGCAUCUUAGAUGCUGACAUGCUGAAGGGCAAGCGACUCUGAGCUGGUUGAGCUGCUUCUUGAGCUGAAUGACCUCUGAAAGCCCUUAGUACUCAUUAAAGAAAAUUGCUUGUGAUCACUCAGCUAGCGGGCCCCUCCCCUCAGUGCUUAUGACGUUUUCAAAACCUUUGCAUCAAAGAUCAGAAUCAAUGCAGUGAGCGGGCACCAGCGCAGCCUGCAAUUUUAGAGUCAGGAUAGCUUUGCUGCGAAAAAUGUUGAGGACCUUAUAAUCUAUCAGCAGUGAGAAAGACUUCCAGGCAGGCAUCAGGUAGAGUGGCAUGAGGUGACCGCAUCGUGCAGCUGCAUUGGCCCUCGCGAUUGCAGAACAUCCUCAUGGAGCAGCCCGGGCCAGAGUAUGUGAAGAAGAAGGUGCGAAUCCUGGGCAUCGAGCUGGCAGAGGACGAGGGCGCCAUUGUUGUCCUGUAUGAGGUAGAAGGCACCUUCUAUGCGGACGAUGGGGUUACCCUGGAGACCACCCUAGAACCCAAGGAGAAGAGAAUUAAACUGAAGCGACUGACCGAGAGCAGCGACAUCCCACGGUUGGCCAAGGACGUCGUAGAGAAAUGCAAGCUGCUCUCACAAUCAAAGGUCCCGGUGGUGGAGAGCCUGCUGUACGAGCUGCAACGGCGGGAACUAGAGGCGGACUACCGCCACCAGAGCAAGCACGACGCCCACGACAUGCGGCGCUUAGACGUUGACAGGCUGCAGGAGGAGGCCUUGUCCCCGGAGUCGCGGCCGGGGAGCGCAGCCCGGCUGGAGGAUCUGGAGGACUACCUGGAGCAGCUCUACGAGGGCCUCGACGAAAAGGUGCGCGCAACGGGGCUUAUACUGCAGCUGGCGCGACAGACGGAGAACCUGGAGGGACUGCUCACACACACCACCCUUCUGGGCGCGCUCGCGCGCGUGCUGCGUGAGGAUGGGCGCAAGAGCCUGGACCUGAGCCUGAACAUCGUGGGGGUCUACUUCGCCUUCUCCAACUUCUCGCAGUUCCACCAGGUGUUGGUGGAGCAGCAGAUUGGCACUCUGACGAUGGGCAUCAUCGACCUAGAGGUGCAGCGCAUCGAUGCAAAAGCGGCGGAGGGCGCGGUGUCGCCCGGAGACCGCCCCGCGUCGCGCGCGUCGCGGCGUCAGGAGAAGCUGCUGUACCUGUGCUUCUAUCUGCUGCUCCACCUGGCAGAGGACGUCAGCAUCGAGAAGAAGAUGAAGAAGCGCAACAUCACCAGCUACCUCGUGAAGAUGCUGGAGAGGCGGAGCGUCGACCUACUCAUACUCGCGGUGGUGUUCUUGAAGAAGCUGAGCAUCUUCCGCGAGAACAAGGACGACAUGCGCGAGGCGGGCAUAGCCGACAAGCUCGCCGCGCUCGUGCCCUGCAAAAAUGAGGGCUUGCUUGGGUGCGUGCUGCGGCUGCUACUUAACCUUUCCUUCGACAGCGAGUUACGGGACGACAUGGCCAAAAGCGGGUUGAUCCCAAAGCUGGUGGGUCUCCUGAAGUCGCAGCGCCACGUCAACCUCGUUUUGGGCUUGCUGUACCACGUGUCUGUGAGUGACGCCAGCAAGUCCAUGUUCACGUACACGGAGGCCAUCCCCAUUGUGCAGCAGAUGCUUCUGCAAAGCACGGACACGCGCGCAUCUCCGGAGCUCAUCGCGCUCGCCAUCAAUUUGACCGUCAGCCCAAGAAAUGCAGAGGUGAUGUGCGACCAGGGCGGCUUCGACCAGCUGUUGUCGCGCGCGCUGCGCGGCCGCGACGCGCUCCUCUUCAAGGUGGUGCGCAACUUCAGCCACCACGAGGCGCUCAAGCCGCGCUUCCACAGGUACGUACCGGACCUUGUGCACGUAGCGACCGAACCGGACACGUCCACUGAGCUUCUGGUGGAGGUGCUGGGCACGGUGGGCAACCUGACGUGCGCGGGGCUGGGCCUGGACGAGCUGGCCGCCGACUACGGACUGCUGCCCGCGCUCGCAGACCUCCUGCACCCGGGACACGUCGAGGAUGACGUCAUGCUCGAGGCCAUCGUUCUGGUGGGCACCCUAUGUUCCGCGGGCACCGAGAGCGGAAUCAUCAGCGCCGGAAUCGUGGGCCAGCUGUGGCACGUCCUCCAGGAGAAGCAGGAGGACCUCGAAAUGGUCGCGCAGACAGUGUACGUGUUCCAGCGGCUACUGCUGCUCCCCGCCGCGCGCGCCGCCCUGCUCGCGCUGCCCAACCUGGUGCCGGGCCUCGUGCACAUUCUGCAGAGCCGGAGCCCGGUGGUGCGCGCGGUGGCGGACCAGGUGCUGGACAGCAUUAGCGGGCUGGGCCCCCAGUGGGAAGCGGCCAUCCGACGGCUCAAGUUCGAAGCGCACAACCGGGAAUGGAUGGACGCCGUCCAGGACGACAGUGAGGACGAGGGGUCGCCGUACAGCGCCGGCGGGGGCGGUCCCCCGGGGCCUCGCGGGUACAGCGACGACGAGGAAGACCACAGCCCGGGCAGCGACAUCGACAUGGGCUGGCGACUAGGGAAAAGGGGGAGCUCGCGCGGGCGGUCGCCCUCAGACGACGGUCGGCGAAGGGAAGAUAUCUACGGGGGGCCUGACAUGGAAGGCGACUACUCCGACGCAGACGGGGAGCACGAGCAGAUGCGCGGCUACCGGGACUGACCACGUUAAGUACGUCGAAAACCCCUGCUUUAGAAACGAAUUGGGUAAUUUCUGGACUUGGACCAUAGGCGCGCUUCCAGAGUGCUGUGUUGUUCGAUUCAUGCAUCAGUACUUCAAAGAUUUGCGUGCUAUCACAGGGCUGCUUAUCUGUCCUGUCAUAUUGAUGUGUCGUCCUGUCAGGGCGCGCAUUCUCCGUUCUAUGAACUUCAAUCUACAUAUCGUCCCGUUUGAUCGAUCCUUAACUUCAACUCCC